AUGUCCUUCAGCAAUACCCCCCUCGUGCUCCGAUCACCCCUCUCCAAGACCUCAAGCUCGACACUUAGUAUCACCGAGGCGGAUGUUCCACUCGAUGCCUCUGACGACGCGCGGGGGAUCGUAAGACUGGCGCAAUGCCCCCAAUGCUCUUAUCCGUUCCGAGAUCCAGUCACCCUACCUUGUGGGAAUUCCCUUUGCAAGAAAUGCAUCCCAGAGCUACAUCCACGGCGGAAUAUUUCUUAUCCAGGCACGCCCAAUCGAUUACAAGGGUUUACAUGUCCAUUUACAACAUGUGGUGCGGACCAUGCGAUAGGGGAUUGCAGUGUGGAUGUGGUACUGAAUAAGAUUAUGGAUGUGGUCAGGAGGGAGGUGGAAGUAUACAGAAACAGCGCAGAUGCGUCUGAAGUUUUGUUAAGACUUGAAGAGAGAGAUAAAUGGUCAAUAGCGGGUAUGCCUUCUCUGCGGGACGAAGCAAAACGGGACCGAGUGCUACCAGGUGGACGGCUAGUCUCAACAUACGCGAUGGCGGAAAUGGGCGAAUUGGCCCAUGAUUCGGAGGUCAUCUAUACCUCUGCGUCACCUAUGGCAGAUCAGUCUGAUAUUUUGAAUACGGUGGUGCUUCAGCAACUCAAGGAAGCCACAAGGUCGGAGCUGGACUGUCAGGUCUGUUACAGUUUAUUUCUGGAUCCAUAUACUACGACAUGUGGCCAUACGUUCUGUCGAAAUUGUCUUCAGGAAGUUCUCAACCAUUCGAAUCUCUGCCCGGUAUGUCGGCGAGUUUACGCAAUUCCUCCAGGGGUCAACGCGAGAAGUUCUCCAUCAAAUGUCGUCCUUACCAAUCUCCUGGCUGGUCUCUGUCCUGAUGCAUUAAAUCUGCGAAUGGAAGCAGCGACAUUGGAAAAGAGUUCAAAAGCGGAUCUGGAUUUGUCUCUCUUCGUGUGUACACUGUCUUUUCCAACGGUACCAACCUUCCUCCACAUUUUCGAACCGAGAUAUCGUCUUAUGAUCAGACGUACCUUGGAGAGCGGAGACCGGAAAUUUGGGAUGCUGCUACACAACCCUUCACGGGAACCUCAAGGUAAUUUAGGACGGGUGCACUUCUACGAAUACGGAACAUUGCUGCAUAUAGUAAAUAUGCACCUCACGCCCGACGGCCGGAGCCUCAUCGAGACGGUUGGUGUAUCAAGAUUCCGGGUCGUCAAGCACGGGACCAAAGAUGACUACACAAUUGGUAAAGUAGAAAGAAUAGACGACAUCAGUAUUGCUGCCGAGGAAGAACUGGAGGCUCGAGAAACAUUGACUCCGUCCAUUGCGCGCAACUUCUCGGCCCAAGACGACUUUGGGGCUCCGCCGCACCACACUCAAGCUCGAGAUCUUAAACAGCCUAUCCAGCUAUAUGAAUUCAACACCAUGUCGACCCAAGAGCUGUUCGAAAUAGGAGUCGACUUCGUGACGAGGAUGCGGGAACAAUCUGCACCCUGGCUCCACACUCGUGUAUUUCAGGUGUACGGCCAGUGUCCGAACGACCCUGCACUCUUCCCUUGGUGGUUCGCGAGCGUCCUUCCCACCGCCGAUGCAGAGAAGUAUAAGUUGCUCUCCACGAGCAACGUCCGGGAACGGCUAAAGAUGUGCGCGGAAUGGAUUGCAAAGAUCGAGGCACAGAGAGAGUAA